UUCUUCUUCAUCGAACAAGGGCAAUUUUCUAGAGAUGAUUGAUUGGUACAAAAAAAGAAAUGAGGAAGUGAGGAUUGCAUUUGAGGAGUUAUGUCCUAAAAAUGUUCGUAUGCUUGCACCAUCAGUUCAAAAGGAUCUUGCAAAGAGUUGUGCACAGGAGAUAACUAAGGAAAUAAAGAAAGAGAUCGGUGAUGGUUAUUUCUCUAUUCUUAUUGAUGAAUCUCGUGAUAUAUCAAUCAAGGAGCAGAUGGCCGUGAUUGUGAGGUUCGUGAAUAAGGAAGGAAAGGUUAUGGAAAGAUUUUUGGGUCUUACGCAUGUCACAGAGACAACAUCAGAUGCAUUGAAAGGAGCUUUAUUUGAGUUACUUUCUACACACGGUUUGGACAUUGCAAGAGUUCGAGGGCAGGGGUAUGAUGGAGCUUCGAAUAUGAGAGGAAGAUGCCCGAAAUCCAACAUCAGCGGGUGGUUUGAUGAGAAUAAUGGAGAGCUUCAACUUUGUGUUCAUUAUGAAGAUGAUGUUGAAAAUUUUUCAUAUUACAAGUGAGUUAUCUCUACUCUUGCAAAGAAAGGAUCAAAAUAUUGUUGAGGCCAUGUCAUUACUGAUUGAUGUGAAAGCACGUUUGCUUAACUUGAGGAAUCAUGGUUGGGAGCCAUUAUUUGCGGAAGUCAAAAUAUUUUGUAAACAAAAUGAGAUACCAAUUCCAAAUAUGGAUGAAAUAGUACCAAGAUGGGGCCAAUCAAGGCGAAGUAAGAUCAGUGUCACUCAAGACCAUUAUUAUCGUGUUGACACCUUUUAUGUAGCUCUUGAUGCUAUAAACACAGAGAUGACUCAUCGUUUCAGUGAGCUAUCUUCAGAGUUGCUUAUAUGUUUUUCUUGUCUUGAUCCAAGAGAUAGUUUCUCAAAGUUUGAUGUGCACAAGAUUGCUAGACUUACGGAGAUAUAUGACAUAGAUUUCUCCAUCAGCGAUCGUGCAGUUAUAAAAGAUCAACU